CUUUAGGCGGAGAAGGACUCGGGUUCUGGAACUGUUUCUGCUAAACAGCCUACACCACCGCCUAAAUCGAUUGUGGGUAGUCAACAUUGAUUUCACUGAUGGACACUGUUUGACUUCGCUCCCGGCACGUUGUUGACGGUCGCUGUGUGUCAAACUUGCGCAUGCGCGCACCAUGGCUCACAAUGCUCGCGUCAUCCUGCCUAGUUCAUUACUGGCUUCUUAUGAGAAUGGAUCCGAGCUUAAGAGAAAGGGGGCUACCAGCCAGUCGCAGCACAGCAAGGGGAUUUUACUAGCCAAUCCCAGCGCUGGAGGGGGAUUCUUAUUAGCUCAACCCGGCGCAGGAGACGGAUACUACUAGCCAGCCCGAGCACAGGAGGCGGAUAUUUCUGAACAAUCUCAGGGCAGGAGGCGGACACCUUUAGCCAGUCCCAGCGCAAGAGGUGGAUAAUACUAACCAGUUCAAACUCAGAAUGAGAAAUAUUAUUAGGCGGGACAGUGUUAGCCAAUCAUAGUGCAGAAAGCAGGCUCGUACAAGCCAGUAGAAGAACAUUACGGCCAUAUUACAAGCCAAUCCCAGCGCACGAGGCUGCGCGCAAUCAGUCAAUCUUUUUGCACGGAGGCGGGGUUUGCCGGAUUACGGGUGGGGGAAAAAUAGCGUGAGAGUGAGGGAGGGGUUGGUGUCUGCUUUCCGAUCCCGUGUGUAAAUCUUGUGCCGGUGGAAUUUUUAAAUCCUCUGCUCCGACUCGCCAUUGGUGCUGAAGGUGAGGAGGAGGCGGGAGAGGAGGGGGCUGUUGCAUGGAGAUAUUGUUUACUUUAAGUUUAUGACGGAGGCUAACGGAGAGUCAGCGUCGGUGCAGCCAGGACCAGCUAGGGCUCUGCGCUGGAGAGCGGGUAAAAACGUUAAAUUAAUGAGAGAGGAGGAGCCGGGCUCUCAUUCGUCUGCGGAUAAAGGGAUGUGGAGUGGAGCUUCGGUGUGAGCUCUCCUCUGCCUUCUUCUAGCGUAGGGCUCGUUUGUUUUUGACCGGAGAGAGUUGUUGCCUCUCGCUGCACGUUCUGGGUUCAGCAGGGACCUUUCGUGCCAAGCACAAGGUUUCGACAUGCAAACCCUUCUUGCCCCUUGGCUCCCAGGUGCUGCGUAGGAUCCCGGAGCACAUCAGGUUGGACUUCAUUGUUAUUUAAAUUCCUUCUUUAUAAACUCUCCACCUGGACAGAGUCUUUGUCUUUUGCUCUUCGUGUGCACGAAGCCUGGGUCGGUUGCAUAUGCCAAGAAGACUUCUGCUGAAUAUACCAGCCUACUUUUGGAUGCAUAGGCUCUAGGAAAACAAGAUGCAUCCGGAAAACAGCAGUAGCAACGCCGCUGGGAGCAGCCAAGAAUGCACCGGUUCGCCGGAGCCCGGGGAAGGGGGUGCAGAGAGCCGUGCGGAGGCGGUGUCCACGUCCGAGGUGCAGAGCCAGCAUCCCCCUGUGGAGCAGCACACCGAGAGCACCGAGACGCGUGAACACGGGGAGGAGGCAGAGAGCAAAACCAAGCUAGAUGACUGCGCGGUGCAGCUGAUCCACGCCGUUGGGUCCGAAAAGGGGCAAGCAGCCACGCCACCGCCCCCCGUGCCCACGACCGCACUGCCAGGACCCGCGUUCGCUCCACCCGAGGGCGGCUUCGGCUGGCUGGUGGUGUUCGCUGCGACCUGGUGCAACGGCUCCAUCUUUGGCAUCCAGAACUCUUUCGGGAUCCUGCACAUGAUGCUCGCCGAGGAACACGCAGAUGCUAAAGACCAGACGUCCCAGUUUAAAGUGGCGUGGGUUGGGGCCUUGGCAAUGGGGAUGAUUUUUUUCUGCUCUCCCGUGGUCAGCAUGUUCACGGAUCAUUUCGGCUGCAGGAAGACGGCCGUGGGUGGAGCCUUUGUCGCCUUCCUCGGACUCCUGAGCAGCUCGUUCGCCACGACCUUGGGUCUACGUUACUUUACCUAUGGCAUCCUGUUUGGCUGUGGAUCCUCCUUUGCCUUCCAGCCAUCUUUGGUUAUUUUGGGGCACUACUUCCGCCAGCGCCUGGGCCUGGCUAAUGGAGUGGUCACCGCCGCCAGUAGCAUCUUCUCCAUGGGACUGCCUGUUCUACUCAAGAAGGUUGUGGGGCCACUUGGCCUUUGCAGAACCUUUCAGAUCCUGAGCCUGUUCAUGCUGGUUCAGUCGGUGCUGGCCCUCACUUUCAGGCCACUGCUCCCCAGUGGCACAUGCCCAAUGCCAGGUAUGGGGCCAGAUGGAGGGCCCCCGGGGCAGCCUGGAGCGCCAGGCUCUGUCUCUGGGAGCCGGUGGCAAAGGAGCCUGCUGAAGAUAAGAAAGUAUUUUAACGUGCGUGUCUUUAGCGUGGUGACCUAUCGUGUGUGGGCAUUCGGGGUGGCCACGGCAGUGCUGGGAUACUUCGUACCCUAUAUUCACCUGAUCAAGUUUGUUAAGGAGCAGUUUGAGGAGACACAAAGGGAGUGGGUGCUGUUGGUCUGUUUGGGGGCUUCUUCAGGAGUUGGACGUCUGCUCUUUGGAAAAGUGGGCGAUCUCAUCCCUGGAGUGGCAAAAAUUUACAUGCAGGUAGCCUCGUUUAUGGUCCUGGGUCUGAUGUCAAUGAUGAUCCCGCUGUGUAGAGUAUUCGAGGGGCUGGUGGUGGUGUGUGUGUUCAUGGGGCUGUGUGAUGGCUGUUUCAUUACCAUCAUGGCUCCCAUCGCCUUCGAGUUGGUAGGGCCCAUGCAGGCAUCCCAGGCUAUUGGCUACCUACUGGGCCUCAUGGCUGUACCAAUGACGGCAGGCCCUCCUAUUGCAGGUCUUCUUCAUGACUACUUUGGGAACUACCAUGUGGCAUUCUAUCUGGCCGGCGUGCCCCCGAUUGUUGGGGGUAUUGUGCUGUUUUUUGUCCCAUUGGUGUACAAGCGUCUUCAGAAACGCCAGGCCGAAGCCUCUGACCCCAGCACAGACCGGAUGUUGAAAAGCUGCUCCAAUGGAGACAUGCUGCCUGGAUACACGGACAUGGAGACACACAUAUAAGCCUCGUACCUACACAAAGUCAUAGGAGAAGAGACCUGCACAUCUAUGAAAACCUCCCCAGCCUCCCGUCACCCCCCCCACCCCAUUCUUCCCCCAAGCGUUGAGGAAUUCUGGAAAGAAGGCUCGGAAACCCCUCCAUCUUCUGUGGUGUUUCCAGAAGGGAGCUGAGUGAUAUUCGCCUACACAUUACAAGGUUUGAGGCCCAAAAAAAAACAUUUGCAAACAGCAAAAAGGAGCAUGCAUCACACAGUCCGAAACACUAUGAGUGGUUUUAAAUCAGAGGAAAAUUAAAGUCCUCCAUGAUUUUACCCAAGAGAGUCUAAAGUCUUCACAGCAUGGAAAGAAGGGGUUGCUGUGUAGAAGAAGAGAUUUUCAUUCCCCCAAAACACUUUUUGAAGAUAUUUCCCUGUUGUUUUAUUUCUUUGUUUAAAACUUAAAUUUUUAUGCUUACAUAUAGGUUUUUAUUUUUUUUACAAAAUGUGGUAUCUCCUCCCCAGUCGUGGCUUUUCUGUUCCUUCUGUUGUUCAUGCAGUUCUCUGCUAUGGACUUUGAUGACCUCUCAUGUGGUUUUGGGAUUAUAUGAAACACCAUUGCCGCUACAGUACAUGCCACAUUCAAAUGUUGCAGUAAAACCGCUUUUUUAACCCCUUAAACUGCCGCAUUCUCAUAACUCUCAUAACUUAAAAAUUAGUUACAGAACAAUAGUUUCACAGUAAUGAAUAGUAAAUACGUAGUAAUAAAUCAUAAGUUUACUACUUAAUAAAAAGUUUAAGGGGUUAAAUGCGGACUUGGAAAGAUGAUUUUGUAAGCUAAUUCUUCACAGAUCGCUGCAAACCUCAGCCAAGGGUUUUACUAUGCAGUAACGAAACUCUGUCAAACUGUGCUGAUUUCUUUAGAGCCAGUCAGUCAAUUGCAACACUUGGUGCCAGUGAGCUAUGAUAAUAUAGCCUUAAUUCAUUCUUUAUGGGACCUACCAUAUUUCAUAACCUGUUCAGUGAUUAGGUUAAGCAACAACAGUCAUAGCCUUCAUAGGACAAAACAAUCACUACAGAUGCAUCAAUUGUGAGAUUUAUAUGAUUUUAUUUGAUUUCUUUGUAUCUGAUUUUAUCAGCUUUUGUUUAUUUGUGUGCAAACAAAUAACAACAGCUUAUAUAUUGCAGUAGGAGCAAAGCCUUCUUAAUGAUUUUGAGGGUUCCUGCUCAUUCUUGAUCAGUAAAAAGCAAAUAGAGCUGCUUUUUUAUGUUUGGGGAGCAAAAAAUGAAAUUUAUUUUAAUGGAGCAACAGAGGAGGAGUUGUGUUGUGUCUUGCAAAGACAAUCAGAGAGAGAGAUUAAAUGGGUCUGUGUAUGAAUGGAGAUUCUGGAGAUAGACAGUGAUUCAUUCAUGACUCAGCAAAAAUGUACGGGACAUGGAUUGCUUCUGGCAUUGUGAUAUUUUAGUGUUACACAGUGUCCAAAGUGGACAGUUUGUAGGUCAGUAUUUAUGCUGUUCGAGAAAUGAUUUUGGAAUUUCUUUAAGAUAUUUUGUUGUGCCCUCUUUUAGGUUCUUUUUUUCUGUUCAUGCUUGGCUUCUAUUUUAUUUUCAUCACACAAAUUAAAUGUGAAAUUCUUUCAUUGGUCAGAAAAACAUCAGAAAUAUAACUUUCUUUCACUUCCUCAUUAAUCACAUACAGUGUAUUAUCAUUGGCCAUUAUAAUCAGUGUCAGUAAAUGUCACUGAGUUCUUUCAUUCAGAUCUUCAACAUUACUGGCCACUGUGAUGUUGUCAUGGACACCUGUCUGUUAGGCUGGCUUUACAAAGUGAAACUUCUGUGCAACUUCAAUCACUUGAAACCUGCAUGAAACUAAAUUUAAACGAAAGUUUCUGGCAACGCACUUGAAACCUCUUUGACACUCACAACAGUUGCAACUGUCUCAAAUUUGUGAAAGUUUCAUUAAAACAGCUAGUCACACCAGUAAUGUAAAAUGUGAUCACGUCAGACCAGGCAUUUGCACAAACAGACUGCCAGGAGGGCUUCAGCCCCUGCCCUUUUGCCCUCACACUGCACAAGUGCCCUCUUGUUCACUAUGUAUACUAAUUGUAUUUUAUAAUGCUUUCAUUCUGUUCAGGAUCCUUUUCACUGAGGCACAGCUGGCUUAGCCUCAUCCCGAGAAUAGAGCUAGUGCAUCUGUCUGGGUUCCAUGUGCUUCCACAUGCUCUCGAGUGCUCCCCCCUCAAAUUUCACCACAGUCAAUUCUAAACUUUCAUGGAUGUAUGCAUCACUGCAGCACUGAAAAUCCUGCUGAUAAAGCACCAAAAAUAUCUGCUGGUAGUCUGAUAUAUCAUGAUCUACAUAGCUAGGUUAAUAAAUUCCCUUCUCUUGACAUAAAUUUAAUUUAAAGAUGCAAAUUUAGACUAACACAUUGCAGAUCAUUUUUUAUAGCCAGAAUGAUACAAUAUAUAAAAAAAAUACUAGCUAUGAAUGGAAUAAUCAAAUGUUUUGUGUGACUUUGAUCAUUUUUGAAUUGCUGUGUGUAACUGUUGUAUAGAAAUGAUGUUUCAUGCAGUUCACAGUCUGCAACUAGUUGCAUGAAGUUUUCACCAUGUGAAGGGAGCCUUAGAGCUAUGCAUCCUUAAUUAGGAUUGGUCUGCUGCAUACACGCCACCUGAUCACUGGUAUAAGGAUAAAAAGCCAAGAGUCAGUCACGAUUUAAACCAAAUUGCCUCAUUAGCUCCUCUUCAGGUUUAUCCAUGAAACAGUGCUGAUGUUCCUCAACUACUGGAACCACAUACCUCUAGAGUAGACUCUUAAAAGGAAACUGGUUGAUAAAAUGACGCAGAAUGUUUGAAGACUGAUUGAGUUUUGAUCUAUUGGUUGAAGGACACUGUAGUGUUACACUGAAAAAGUGAAUUGGUGAAAAAAAGGCUUUUUAAUAGGAACAACACAAGGACACACAUACCUCAGAAAUCUACUCGCUAAGAUAUAUACUGUCAGUUUUACAAUCGUUGUGCACUUCAGUCCUUUUGCAUUUACCCGCUAGGAUUCAGUAAUUGCAGUAAGUGUGAAGAGUUCGAGCCUCAAAGCAAAUGAUCCUCAGUACAAGCAUCUCUUUCUCUUUCUUUCCCUGUGUUCUCUUUUUCUCUCUGCCUGCAUUGAACUGUUAUCAGUGGGGAAACCCUGAACAGAUCCUCUUUUAAACAGUCUCUCUUUUUACUGCGAGUAGAAAUAGAUGUAGCCAUAGUGACAGAUCUGUUGUUUAUGGUGCCAUUUGUGUCUGGUGUGUGUGUGUGUGUGUAUGUAUGUAUGAGUGAUCCCCAAUGGCAGUUUCCACUUUGUAAUCUUUCAGAACCUCAGGGAUUGCGCUUUGAGAGUUUUUUCUUCAUGGUUUGUCACAUUCCAUCCUCACUGGGCCAGUUUUGAAGCGUUCAUUUCAGCACACGCUAUGAUGGUACAGCUGCUUAGUUGCAGACUGGCAUUUGAAUGUUGAAAGUGAUGACCUGUAGAUGGAUCAGAGUCAUUUUGUGCAAGAUUUCAGCACCAUUUCUUUCCUUGUGCCAUAACAUCAGCUGAGCGUUUCCCAGCCCUUGUAAUUACCGUCUCUUGUCGCCAUAGUUACAGAAUGUUGCAACCUAGCUCGGUUUGUCUUCCAUAAUUUAACAUAAUGUAGUUUCCGCCAAACCGUAUGUGUGUGGAUGUAGUUGUGUGUCUGUGUGCGUGCACCUAAUUUCAUUUACUUAUCCUCUGUCUUUCGUGAUUUGUUCCACAUUCUGCAGAUCAUAAGCAUAUGACGUUUUCAUUUUCAAAGUGUGACAGUGCGUUCAAUUCCAUAAUGAAACUUUACUCUCUUCUUACCUAAUAUGACUGGCUUAUUUGUUUCCUAUUUCAAUCAGUCAAGCUUUGCAAAUCAACAUACAGUGUGAUGCAUAAGUCAGAGAGCACCCUUUAUUUAUUUCCAGUCUAAAUGUCCAUUAAGUACAAGUUAUUCAUUUUUCAGGAGAUGUUUCUGAGGUUAGUAGGCUUGCCACAAUUGUUACAAUACUGCCUUAUCACAGUGAUUUGUGCUGACAGCAAUUAUUUUCCUCACUUGUUGGCUUUCACAGUCACGUGUUUAUUAACAUAUCAUAGGUCUUACGAUCACGACAAAGGUUCUAACGUUUAACUGGUGCUAUACAACCAUUAGAGUGUGACGAGUAAUGUUUAUUUGGUGUUUGUUAACACCUUUAGAGGGCGCGCACACACACACACACACACACACACAUUAUCUAAGCCGCUUAUCCUUCUGGUUCGAGGGGGGUGCUGUAGCCUAUCCCAGUGGUCAGUGGGCGGAAGGUAGGAAACAGGUCGCCAGUCCAUCGC